GUAGCUUCCGAGCGCUCCCGGCUCCAGGCGCGGCCGCGACCUCCGAGGGGACUCAGGCCGCCACCUCCAGCGUCCUCCCUCCGCGUCCGGGAUGGCGGCGACGGUGAGCGUGGAGCCCGCGGGCCCCAGCUGCUGGGACGAGCCGCUGCGCAUCGCCGUGCGCGGCCUGGCCCCCGAGCAGCCCGUCACGCUGCGCGCGUCCCUGCGCGACGAGAAGGGCGCGCUCUUCCGGGCCCACGCGCGCUACUGCGCCGACGCCGGCGGCGAGCUGGACCUGGCGCGCGCGCCCGCGCUGGGCGGCAGCUUCGCGGGGCUCGAGCCCAUGGGGCUCCUCUGGGCCCUGCAGCCCGACAGGCCCUUCUGGCGUCUGACGAAGCGGGACGUGCGGACGCCGCUGGCCGUGGAGCUGGAGGUGCUGGACGGCCACGGCCCGGAGCCCGGGCAGCUCCUGGCCCGCGCGCUGCUGGAGCGCCGCUUCCUGCCGCCGGGGGUGCGGCGCCAGCCGGUGCGCGCGGGCCGGGUGCGCGCCUCGCUCUUCCUGCCGCCAGGAUCUGGACCCUUCCCAGGGGUCAUUGACAUCUAUGGUUUUGGAGGGGGCCUGGUGGAAUACCGAGCUAGCCUGCUGGCUGGCCAUGGCUUUGCCACGAUGGCGCUAGCUUUUUAUGACUUUGAAGAUCUCCCCAAGGAAUAUGGUGACAUACACCUGGACUACUUUGAAGAAGCCCUGUGCUACAUGAUUGAACACCCUCAGGUAAAGGGCCCCAGCGUUGGACUUCUGGGCUUUUCUCUAGGAGCUGAUAUUUGUCUCUCGAUGGCCUCUUUCUUGAAGAAUAUCUCAGCCACCGUUUCCAUCAAUGGAUCUGGGUUCAGUGCAGACAGAACGAUACGCUACCAGCAGACUAGCAUCCCGCCAUUGGGCCAUGACCUGAGGAGGAGCAAGGUAGCUUUCUCAGGCCUCCUGGACAUCGUGGAUAUCCAGAACGAUGUUGUAGGAUGGUGUGAGAACCCCAGCAUGAUUCCAGUAGAGAAGGCCCAGGGGCCCCUCCUCCUCAUUGUUGGUCAGGAUGACCAUAACUGGAGGAGUGAGUUCUAUGCCCAAAUAAUUGCUGAGCGAUUGCAGGCACGGGGAAAGGACAGCCCCCAGGUCAUGUCUUACCCUGGCACUGGACACUACAUUGAGCCGCCCUACUUCCCAGUGUGCCUGGCUUCCCUGCACAAGUUACCCAACAGACCGGUCCUCUGGGGUGGGGAACCCAGAGCUCAUUCUCAUGCCCAGGUAGAUGCUUGGAAGCAAAUUCUGUCCUUCUUUGGCAAACACCUGGGAGGUGUCCAGAAGAGACUUCCCCCUAAAUUGUGAUGCAUUUGUCUGUUGUUGCCUUGAGAGAUUCAAGGUCAGAGUCUAGCAUUCAAUAGCCUUAGAUGGAUCACUUCUCAAUUGGAUAACAUUGAAUUCAUGUCUGUAAUAGUGUGUCCUUACUGAAUAAGAUUUCUUUUCCAUUACAAUAUUUUACUAACACCAACUGCUUGUAGAAGAUUCCAAGGUACACAACAUGAAAUAAUAAAAAGGAUCCUCACUGUUAAAA